AUGCGGGGCCCGCUGGGCACCGAGGAGGAGCUGCCGCGGCUGUUCGCGGACGAGAUGGAGAACGAGGACGAGAUGUCAGAAGAAGAAGAUGGUGGCCUUGAAGGUUUCGAUGACUUUUUCCCUGAGGAGCCCGUGAGCCUUCCCAAGAAGAAGAAGUCCAAGAAGCUCAAGGACAACAGGUCCAAAGGGACGAGGAAGAAGAAAGAGGGGAGCAAUGAUGAGCUGUCGGAAAAUGAAGAGGAUCUGGAAGAGAAGUCGGACAGUGAGGGCAGCGACUACUCCCCAAAUAAAAAGAAGAAGAAAAAACUCAAGGACAAGAAGGAGAAAAAAGCCAAGCGAAAAAAGAAAGAUGAUGAUGAGGACGACAACGAUGACGGAUGCCUCAAGGAGCCCAAGUCCUCGGGGCAGCUCAUGGCCGAGUGGGGCCUGGACGACGUGGACUACCCGUUCUCGGAGGCCGACUAUCACACGCUGACCAACUACAAAGCCUUCAGCCAGUUCCUCAGGCCACUCAUCGCCAAGAAGAACCCGAAGAUCCCCAUGUCCAAAAUGAUGACCGUCCUGGGCGCCAAGUGGCGAGAGUUCAGCGCCAACAACCCCUUUAAGGGCAGCUCGGCGGCGGCAGCCGCAGCAGCGGUGGCCGCGGCCGUGGAGACGGUCACCAUCGCGCCUCCGCUGGCCAUCAGCCCCCAGCAGGCACCCCAGCCUGUGCCCGUCCGCAAGGCCAAGACCAAGGAGGGCAAGGGGCCUGGAGUGAGGAAGAAGAUCAAAGGCUCCAAGGAUGUGAAGAAAAAGGGCAAAGGGAGAAAGGUGGCCGGGCUCAAGUUCCGCUUCGGAGGGGUUGGCAGCAAGAGGAAGAAAGGCUCCUCGAGCGAGGAGGAGCAGCGGGAGGGGUCAGACUUGGACAGUGCCAGCAUCCACAGCGCCUCCGUGCGCUCGGAGUGUUCUGCCCUGAUGGGGAGGAAGAGCAAGAGGAGGCGCCAGAGGAAGAGAACUGAUGACGGUGAUGGCUAUGAGACGGACCACCAGGACUACUGUGAGGUGUGCCAGCAGGGUGGGGAGAUCAUCCUGUGCGACACCUGCCCGAGGGCCUACCACCUCGUCUGCCUGGACCCAGAGCUGGAGAAAGCUCCCGAGGGCAAGUGGAGCUGUCCCCACUGUGAGAAGGAGGGGAUCCAGUGGGAGCCGAAGGACGACGACGACGAGGAGGAGGAGGGCGGCUGCGAGGAGGAGGAGGACGACCACAUGGAGUUCUGCCGCGUGUGCAAGGACGGCGGCGAGCUGCUCUGCUGCGACGCCUGCCCCUCCUCCUACCACCUGCACUGCCUCAACCCGCCGCUGCCCGAGAUCCCAAACGGUGAAUGGCUCUGCCCGCGCUGUACUUGUCCCCCGCUGAAGGGCAAAGUCCAGCGGAUCCUGCAUUGGAGGUGGACAGAGCCCCCAGCCCCCUUCAUGGUGGGGCUGCCGGGGUCCGACGUAGAGCCUGGCGUUCCACCACCCAAGCCCCUAGAGGGCAUCCCGGAGAGAGAGUUUUUUGUCAAGUGGGCUGGGCUCUCCUACUGGCACUGCUCCUGGGUGAAGGAGCUGCAGCUGGAGCUCUACCACACGGUGAUGUAUCGCAACUACCAAAGAAAGAACGACAUGGACGAGCCACCGCCCUUUGACUAUGGCUCUGGCGAUGAGGAUGGCAAGAGCGAGAAAAGGAAGAACAAAGACCCCCUCUAUGCCAAGAUGGAGGAGCGCUUCUACCGCUACGGCAUCAAGCCCGAGUGGAUGAUGGUCCACCGCAUCCUGAACCACAGCUUCGACAAAAAGGGGGAUGUGCAUUACCUGAUCAAGUGGAAAGACCUGCCCUACGACCAGUGCACCUGGGAGAUUGACGACAUUGACAUCCCCUACUACGACAACCUGAAGCAGGCCUACUGGGGCCACAGGGAAUUGAUGCUGGGGGAGGACGCCAGGCUGCCCAAGAGGCUGGUCAAGAAGGGCAAGAAGCUGAAGGACGACAAACAGGAGAAGCCCCCGGACACGCCCAUUGUGGAUCCCACGGUCAAGUUUGACAAGCAGCCGUGGUACAUCGACUCCACGGGCGGCACACUGCACCCGUACCAGCUGGAGGGCCUUAACUGGCUGCGCUUUUCCUGGGCCCAGGGCACCGACACCAUCCUGGCCGAUGAGAUGGGUCUGGGCAAGACAGUGCAGACCAUCGUCUUCCUCUACUCCCUGUACAAGGAGGGCCACUCCAAGGGGCCCUACCUGGUCAGUGCGCCCCUGUCCACCAUCAUCAACUGGGAACGUGAGUUUGAGAUGUGGGCGCCCGACUUCUACGUGGUCACCUACACGGGGGACAAGGAGAGCCGCUCUGUGAUCCGGGAGAACGAGUUUUCGUUUGAGGACAAUGCCAUUCGGAGUGGGAAGAAGGUGUUCCGGAUGAAGAAAGAAGUGCAGAUCAAAUUCCAUGUCCUGCUCACCUCCUACGAGCUCAUCACCAUCGACCAGGCCAUCCUGGGCUCCAUUGAGUGGGCCUGCCUCGUGGUGGAUGAGGCCCACCGGCUCAAGAACAACCAGUCCAAGUUCUUUAGGGUCCUGAACAGCUACAAGAUCGAUUACAAGCUGCUGCUGACGGGGACCCCCCUUCAGAACAACCUGGAGGAGCUCUUCCACCUGCUCAAUUUCCUGACUCCAGAGAGGUUCAACAACCUGGAGGGCUUCCUGGAGGAGUUUGCCGACAUCUCCAAGGAAGACCAGAUCAAGAAGCUGCAUGACCUGCUGGGGCCGCACAUGCUAAGGCGGCUCAAGGCUGAUGUGUUCAAGAACAUGCCGGCCAAGACCGAGCUGAUCGUCCGCGUGGAGCUGAGCCAGAUGCAGAAGAAGUACUACAAGUUCAUCCUCACGCGGAACUUCGAGGCGCUGAACUCCAAGGGGGGUGGGAACCAGGUGUCACUGCUCAACAUCAUGAUGGACCUGAAGAAGUGUUGCAACCACCCUUACCUCUUCCCAGUGGCCGCUGUGGAGGCCCCUGUCCUGCCCAAUGGCUCCUAUGAUGGCAGCUCUCUGGUCAAGUCUUCAGGGAAGCUCAUGUUGCUGCAGAAGAUGCUCAAGAAACUUCGGGACGAAGGGCACCGUGUACUUAUCUUCUCCCAGAUGACCAAGAUGCUGGACCUCCUGGAGGACUUCCUGGAGUAUGAGGGCUACAAAUAUGAGCGGAUUGACGGUGGCAUCACCGGGGGCCUCCGGCAAGAGGCGAUUGACAGAUUCAACGCCCCUGGGGCCCAGCAGUUCUGCUUCCUCCUCUCGACCCGGGCAGGUGGCCUGGGCAUCAACUUGGCCACGGCGGACACGGUCAUCAUCUACGACUCAGACUGGAACCCGCACAACGACAUCCAGGCCUUCAGCCGCGCCCACCGCAUUGGGCAGAACAAGAAGGUGAUGAUCUACCGCUUCGUGACGCGGGCCUCGGUGGAGGAGCGUAUCACGCAGGUGGCCAAGCGCAAGAUGAUGCUAACCCACCUGGUGGUGCGGCCCGGCCUGGGCUCCAAGUCCGGCUCCAUGACCAAGCAGGAGCUGGACGACAUCCUCAAGUUCGGCACAGAGGAGCUCUUCAAGGACGACGUGGAGGGCAUGAUGUCUCAGGGCCAGAGGCCCGUCACGCCCAUCCCUGAUGUCCAGUCCUCCAAAGGGGGAGCCCUGGCCGCCAGCGCGAAGAAAAAGCACGGCAGCACCCCGCCAGGUGACAGCAAGGACGUGGAGGACAGCAGUGUGAUCCACUAUGAUGAUGCGGCCAUCUCCAAGCUACUGGACCGCAACCAGGACGCCACGGACGACACGGAGCUGCAGAACAUGAACGAAUACCUGAGCUCCUUCAAGGUGGCGCAGUACGUGGUGCGCGAGGAGGACGGCGUGGAGGAGGUGGAGCGGGAGAUCAUCAAGCAGGAGGAGAACGUGGACCCCGACUACUGGGAGAAGCUGCUCCGGCACCACUACGAGCAGCAGCAGGAGGACCUGGCCCGCAACCUGGGCAAAGGCAAGCGCGUCCGCAAGCAGGUCAACUACAACGACGCCUCCCAGGAGGACCAGGAGUGGCAGGACGAGCUCUCAGACAACCAGUCCGAAUACUCCAUUGGAUCCGAGGAUGAGGACGAGGACUUUGAAGAAAGGCCGGAAGGGCAGAGUGGACGGCGACAAUCCAGGAGGCAGCUGAAGAGCGACAGGGACAAGCCCCUGCCCCCGCUUCUCGCCCGGGUUGGCGGCAACAUUGAGGUGCUGGGCUUCAACGCCCGACAGCGGAAGGCCUUUUUGAACGCCAUCAUGCGCUGGGGCAUGCCCCCCCAGGACGCCUUCAACUCCCACUGGCUGGUGCGGGACCUUCGCGGGAAGAGUGAGAAGGAGUUUAGAGCCUAUGUGUCCCUCUUCAUGCGGCACCUGUGUGAGCCGGGGGCUGAUGGCGCGGAGACCUUCGCAGACGGCGUGCCCCGCGAGGGCCUCUCCAGGCAGCACGUGCUCACGCGCAUCGGGGUCAUGUCACUAGUUAGGAAGAAGGUUCAGGAGUUUGAGCACGUCAAUGGGAAGUACAGCACCCCGGAUUUGCUCCCUGAGGGGCCCGAGGGCAAGAAGCCAGGCGAGGUCAUCUCCUCGGAUCCCAACACACCAGUGCCCGCCAGCCCUGCCCACCUUCUGCCUGCCCCGCUGGGCCUGCCAGACAAAAUGGAAGCCCAGCUGGGCUACUUGGAAGAGAAGGAGCUGGGGGCGCAGAAGCCAAAGAAGCCCCCAGAAAUCCAGGCCCUGCCAACUGCCCUGGACAGAGCGGAGGGUGAGGACAAGCACGAGAGCUCGGAUGGCAAGGAGAGGGCCCGAGAGGAUCGACCGGAGGAGAUGGAGAAGGCCCAGCCCUCCCCAGAGCAGCUGCUGAAAGAAGAAGUGCUUGCUGAGAAGGAGAAGAUUCUGGACAAGUUGGAGCUGAGCUUGACUCACAGCAGAGGCGAUGGCAGUGAUUUCAGGCCAGAUGACACCAAAGCCGAGGAGAAGGAGCCCAUUGAAACACAGCAAAAUGGUGACAAAGAGGAAGAUGAGGAGGGGAAGAGGGAGGACAAGAUCGGGAAGUUCAAGUUCAUGUUCAACAUUGCAGACGGGGGCUUCACAGAGCUACACACACUGUGGCAGAACGAGGAACGUGCUGCUGUGUCCUCGGGGAAAAUCUACGACAUCUGGCACCGGCGCCAUGACUACUGGCUGCUGGCGGGCAUCGUGACGCACGGCUAUGCCCGUUGGCAGGACAUCCAGAACGACCCGAGAUACAUGAUCCUCAACGAGCCCUUCAAGUCCGAGAUCCACAAGGGCAACUACCUGGAGAUGAAGAACAAGUUCCUGGCCCGCAGGUUCAAGCUGCUGGAGCAGGCGCUGGUCAUCGAGGAGCAACUCCGGAGGGCCGCGUACCUCAACAUGACCCAGGACCCCAACCACCCCGCCAUGGCCCUCAAUGCCCGCCUGGCCGAGGUGGAGUGCCUUGCCGAGAGCCACCAGCACCUGUCCAAGGAGUCCCUCGCCGGGAACAAGCCUGCCAAUGCCGUCCUGCACAAGGUCCUGAACCAGCUGGAGGAGCUGCUGAGCGACAUGAAGGCGGAUGUGACGCGCCUGCCCUCCAUGCUGUCCCGCAUCCCCCCGGUGGCUGCCCGUCUCCAGAUGUCAGAGCGCAGCAUCCUGAGCCGCCUGACCAACCGAGCCGGGGACCCCACCAUUCAGCAGGGCGCUUUCGGCUCUUCCCAGAUGUACAGCAACAACUUUGGGCCCAACUUCCGGGGCCCUGGACCGGGAGGGAUUGUCAACUACAACCAGAUGCCCCUGGGGCCCUAUGUGACCGAUAUCUAGCCGUCCCCGAGAUUUCCCUCUGCUGCCGGGCUCGUUUCCAGUGGAGCCGCGCCUGCCGGGCCCCCUGCCCGACCCCCGCAGGAGAGAAAAGCUGCCACCUUUCUAGAGCCACGCCACCCGAGGACAGAAAGGGAAACGGAGAAAUGCCACCUCGUGGGGACAAGGCCGCCUGAGCCCAGAAGCGCCACCCGGGACGCACCCCUUGGCCACCUCUGCCAGGAUGGCUUCCUAGAGGAGAUUUCAUUUCUUUGUACAUCUUUUGCACUUUCCUGUUGAAGACUUGAACAAGUUUGUCUUGAUAAAAGUUGAGUGACG